AUGCCAAAUAAUCUAAUUUUUCGUGAGGCUCUCAAUGAGCUCGAUGAUAAACGUAUUAAACAAAUUAAGCCUCUCAUACCACCUCAAAUUUUGAUGGAAGACUCUCCAUUGACUUUACAAGCAGCUCAAAGUGUCAUAAUCGGUCGUGCAAAUGCCGAGAAGGUUAUAAAAGGGCAAGACGAUAGACUGCUUGUAAUCGUUGGACCUUGUUCCGUUCACGAUGUCAAAGCUGCCAUUGAAUACGCCGGAAGGUUAAAAGCUUAUGCUUCCGAAGCAAGUGAUGACCUUUUUAUCAUCAUGCGAGUUUAUUUUGAAAAACCAAGAACCACAGUAGGUUGGAAAGGAUUAAUCAAUGAUCCUCAUUUAAACAAUAGCUUCCAAAUUAAUAAAGGAUUACGUAUUGCCCGCAACCUAUUGCUGGAAAUAAAUCAAAUGGGUGUUCCAUGUGGAUGUGAAUUUCUUGACACAAUUACCCCUCAAUACUUAGCAGAUUUGGUUUCUUGGGGAGCAAUUGGUGCUAGAACAACAGAAUCUCAAGUUCAUCGUGAACUUGCCUCCGGUUUAUCUGUCCCGGUUGGUUUCAAAAAUGGAACUGAUGGAAACAUAGCAAUCGCUGUCGAUGCCAUAAAGGCUGCUGGCAGCGGUCAUCACUUUUUAUCGGUCACCAAACAAGGAUUAAGCGCAAUUGUAGCAACAGAUGGUAAUGAUUGCUGCCACGUUAUCCUAAGAGGAGGUGCCAAAGGGCCAAAUUAUUCGGCUGAAAACGUUCAAGAAGUGGCUCAAAAGUUAGAGGCAGCAAAAUUACCUACUCGCAUAAUGAUUGAUUGCAGUCAUGGCAACAGUCAAAAAGUAUUCAGUCGACAAGUUGAUGUGGCUAAAGAUAUUGCCGAACAAUUAAAAUCAUCACCAACGGGGCAACAUAUUCUCGGUGUAAUGAUAGAAAGUCAUUUGAAAGAAGGGAAUCAAAAUCUUCCAAUAGAAGGUCCCUUUAAUCUUACUUACGGACAAUCUAUUACAGAUGGAUGUAUUAGUUGGGAAGCCACAAUUCAAGUCUUGGAUAUAUUACGUGAAGGUGUUCGUGCGAGGAGAGUACGUAAUGGUCAAAAUGGAAAUUCACAUGGAACUUAUAAUGGAUAA